AUGGCUCCCGCCCUCGAGGAUGUCCAGCACUCAGUGUUGAUCACCACCAUCCACGGUCUGCAUGAGGCUCCAAACUUCCUCGCCACAGCCGUGUCCACUGCAGCGCGUCACACUACGGAGAGCCUCCAGAUCGUGAUCAUCUCCUCGUUGUUCAACCCACCCGCGGGCACCCAUAACGCCCCAGGAAUCUCGCGCAUCGCGCACUGGGACGACGUGCAGCGACUGCUGACCUUUGUGUACGUGCAGGCCACCAAGGUCGCGCAGGAUGUCGGCAGGAUUCUCCUCAACGUCGAUGUGCUCCUGCGUGGCACGGCGGAGGCGUUCCCUGAGCAGGUGUUGGAAGGCGCAGCGCGCAUAUACUCGGUGACCCCCCACGAUUCCUCCGUGCCGCUGCCUUCGUGCCUAGAGGCUCGGCGCGCAGAAAUCGUCGCCCUGCCUCCAGACGACCACCCGCUCCACCACCCGCUCCCGCCGCCAUCCACCGCCGCGGACCCGACCGACCCCCCGCUGCUCCCCGUCGUCGCGCUCGGCGGCACGUUCGACCACCUCCACGCGGGGCACAAGAUCCUGCUCAGCAUGGGCGCGUGGCUCGCGCGCGACAAGCUCAUCGUCGGCGUCACAGGCACGUCCCAUGACGCGCUCCUCGCGGGCAAGCAGCACCGGGCGGUGCUCGAGCCGCUCGCGGUGCGCGCCGCGCGCACCCGCGCGUUCUGCACGCUCUUCAAGCCCGCGCUCGCGUACGACGUCGUACCGAUCGUGGACGUGUACGGGCCCACGGGCUGGGACCCGAACGUGCAGGGCCUCGUCGUCAGCAAGGAGACGCUGCCCGGCGCGGCUUCCAUCGACGAGCGGCGCGCCGCGCUCGCGCUCCCGCCGCUCCGGACGUUCGUCAUCGACGUCAUCUCCGCGACCGAAGCGAGCGUCGACGCCGAGGACGCGGCGGUGCUCAAGACCGCCAAGAUGAGCAGCACGUACAUCCGCGAGUGGAUCGUCAAGCAGCAGCAGGGGACGUCGACGACCUGA